UCCUCUCUUUGCCCCCAAAAAAGGCGUUAUACAAGAUAUUUACAUUAGGGAACAAACAUUUUCCGAUUCAAAUCAAUUGAUCCAGCUCACAUUUGUUGGCAACAUGCUAUCUGCUCUUACCUACUGUUGCGUUUUCCUGGCCAACUUUUUGAUCCCGAUGGUUGGUGUGAAACUGCUCCUUUUGAUCUCUACUAUUAUGAUUUCUCUGGGAUUGGUAUUGUCGGGUCUAGCCACACAUGUGUGGCAUUUGUACCUUUCAUGCAGCCUUUGUUGUGGAAUAGGAAUAUCACUUAUGUAUGGGGUAAUUAUAGGGGUACUUCCACAAUGGUUCGUUAAAAAGCGAAGCACUGUAUUUGGGUUCCAAUCAAGCAUGCUUUCUGCGACGGCAUUGAUCUUUCCCUUUAUAAUUACAGUUUCAAAUGAUACGUUGGGUAUUGUUUGGAUGUAUAGAAUUCUCGGUCUCGCCUUUUUUGCGUUAAACGCUGUUGCAAUCUUGUUGAUCAAAGAAAGACCAUCAGACAACAACAUAACACCGUUACGUAGAAAGAAAAAGAUUCUUGAUACUGCCGUGCUGAAAAACAAGACUUUGGUGGUUUGGACAAUUGCAGGGCCAAUAUUUUCUUGGUGUCAAUAUAUCACCUAUACAUUUUUGCCCCAGUAUGCAACAUAUCUUGGCCUUUCUACCACUGAGAGCUCUGCAACCAUUACAGUCUUUGCAGCUACCAGUAUCAUCGGACGAGUUGUGAUGGGGCUGCUGGCCGAUAGACUAGGGAACUUGAACACAUACAUUGUAUUUACAACAAUAGCAUCGCUCCUCAUUUUGUUCCAUUGGAUGUUUGCUUACGAUCUAGCAUCAUUAAUCUCUUUUGCUAUUGUAUACGGCCUUUUUUCAGGUGGACAUUAUGCGCUGGCAUCACCAAUAACAGUCGCCAUUGCAGGUUUGCCAAUGUACCCAGCUGCGACUAGUUUUCGAAUGCUCGCAUACUGCUUUGGUAUAGUAGGGCCAACCAUCGCAAGUACUAUUGAAGAAGCGACCAACGGCAAGCCGUAUCUUUGUUAUAAACUUUUUGCUGGAUUUGCACUAUUGAUUUGUGUUAUACUUGCUUGCAUUGUUCGACAUCAUCUGAGCAAGAAAGUUUGUGACAAAAUAUAAGAAACGAAAUAAACGGGUUGUGAUGUGGUGGAUAUGUAUAAUGCGUUUCCUGUUGCCUGAGGAUAUAUAG